AAAACUACGCUUGUAUUUUUCACAACAGGAAAUAUUCAAAACAGACGAGUCAUAAAGAUAAAAUAACACAAAAUAUAGUUAAUUAAGUGUAGGGAUGACAAAAGCAUUCGUUAUAAACAGCAAAAAUGUAUCUAAACAGAGAGACUUACGUACCAUACGUGCCAGGCCCAGAGGGGCGGAGCAACAUUCAACAUCAACAAAAGGAAAGAGAAGCAGAAAACAGACGAAGGACUCGGAUACACAAACACAAUAUGUCCUUUUAACAUCUCUGGUGCUUUGGAGACUUGAAACCCGGUUAAAGUGAAAAUAUGGAGGCCUUCAAACUGAUGAAGGAGCUGAAGAGCAAUUUGGAGCUGGAGGUUCAUUACCUGCCUAAAGAAACUGGUCUCGGUUUGAUCGAAGCCAGCCAAGAGAACGGUAAUGGCGUUUCAGCCAAAUGUCGAGAUGCCCGAGUUGAAGAUCUCUGGAGUCUGACCAGUUUCUUCGGUUACAGCACUCAGACCUUUGUACUAGCCGUUAACCUGCUGGACAGGUUUCUAGCAAUGAUGAAGGUCCAGUCCAAGUAUUUGGCCUGCAUCAGCAUUGGCUGCCUCCACAUCGCUGUCCGAGCGACUGAAGAAGAAUGCAAUGUUUCGUCCAGUCACGAGCUCAUUCGCAUCAGCCAGAGCAAGUUUACCGUCUCCGACCUCAGCCGAAUGGAGAAGAUCAUUUCGGAGAAACUCAACUUCCAGUUCAAAGCCGUCACAGCCUUAACCUUUCUGCAUUUGUACCACGCCAUUGCACUUUCGCACACAUCCAACAGAAAAAACAUCCUGAAUCUUGAAAAACUAGAAGCCCAGCUGAAAGCUUGCCUAUGCAGAAUUGUUUUCUCCAAAGCAAAACCUUCGGUGCUUGCCUUGUCGCUCUUGAUGCUUGAGAUCGAGGCCUUACAGUCUGCCGAUCUGCUCGAGAUCGCCCACCGCGUACAGACACACUUGAAGAUCUCGAAGGCUGACCUGGCACACUGGCGUGGCCUUGUAGACCAGUGUAUCAGGGAAUACUCCUCUCCAGAAUGUGCCAAACCUGACCACAAGAAACUGGUGUGGAUCGUCUCGCGGAGGACAGCGCAGAACUUGCACAGCAGCUACCGCAGCAUCCCAGAGCUACCCACAAUUCCAGAGGGUGCGUGGGACGAGAGCGAAAGUGAGGAUUCAAGCGAAGACCUGAGCUCUGGGGAGGAGAGUCUGAGCAGCUCGCUGGGCAGCGACGCAGAAGGACUCUACUUCCCCUCAAACUUCCGGUCCCGUACCUGUAGACCGUAGUACGCUCUAAACCACUUGCCAAGGAGCGCAAUCACCAAUGGAGAUGUGUCCACCACAACGCCAAAUAAUGAUCUGAAUGGCUUCCUUGUCACAGACCUCUCCUGGCUGGAAACCUAGCGAGGUGCCAUUGUGCCUGGGUUCAAUGAAACCAACGAGUCCAAAAUAUCAGAAUUGUAUUUUAAAACUCUUCUUUUAUGGCUUUACAAAGAGCCAGUCCACAUACUGUAAACUUCUCUCUUGAUUACUUGUGUUUAGCUAAAGUGAAAUAAUUCAGCACUGCACAACACUGGCAGCUAAAAAAAAAAAAAAAAAAAUUAGUCAUAG